UUCCCAGCUCUUUCUAACCUGGAUCGAGGUGGCGUCUCGUCGCUACGGUUCUCUCUCUCUGUGUUCCUGAGAAAGUGUGUGUGAGCUCCAGCACUACUGAUCCAUCAUCUGUGUGUUUGGAUAAACCUCUGAAUGGACUGUGUGCUCUUUUUUCUGGAGCGUUUACCUCGGACUAUAGGAGCUAGCUUAGCAUGCUAGCUGGAAACAAGUUAGCAACACUAGUCAGAUUGAGAGUUUGAUGGACAGAGAAACGGUUUGUUUAACAGAGUUUGCAGGAAAAGGUGAUCUAGUAAACAUGAGUAAAGUCCAAAUGCUGCUGUCGUUGAAGAAGCAGCGACUCACUGCUGCUGUUGAAGAUAUAUUUGCUCUGUUUGAAAAAACGAUAGCAGAGUACGAGGAGGAGCGGUCUCUUUCCAAAGAGGAGAUCAAGAGACUCCAGAAACGACUGGACGCUGUUUUACAGCCUCAGCUUCGGAUACACAGAGCAGAUGUCCAGCUGCUGGUGGUGGUUAAAGAAGAGCUUCUCCCUGACCAGCAGGAGUGGAGCACCAGUCUGGACCAGAAGGACCCAGAGCCCCCCCCACCCAUUAAGCAGGAACAGGAGGAACUUAGGAUCAGUCAGGAGGGAGAGCAGCUUCAGGAGCUGGAAGAGGCUGAUAUCACCAAGUCCACUUUCACUCCUGACCCUGUGAAGAGUGACGAUGAUAAAGAGAAACCUCAGUCCUCACAGCCUCAUCAAAGACAAACUGAACACAUGGAAACAGAAGCUGAUGGAGAUGACUGUCGAGGACCAGAACCAGCCAGGAACUCAGAUCCAGAGGGCAGUUUACAAACAAAGACUGAGGACGACACUGAAGAGUCUUCUGAACCUGACACUGGAGACUCUUCUGAACCUGACACUGGAGAAUCUUCUGAACCUGACACUGAAGACAGUGCUGAUUGGAAAGAGACCAGAGAACCUGCCUCAGUUUCAAACUCACUGAAAAAUAGACAUGAAUCUGUCAGUGAUCCACAACAUAGUGCUGAAAAUAAACUAUUCAGCUGCUCACUUUGUACCAAAUAUUUUGCACGGAGUGGAAAUUUAAAAAAACACAUGAGAGUCCACACAGGAGAGAAACCAUUCACCUGCUCAGUCUGUAAGAAAGCUUUUUCACAGAGUGGAGGUGUGAAGGCACACAUGAGAAUCCACACAGGAGAGAAACCAUUCACCUGUACAGUCUGUAAGAAAGCUUUUUCACAGAAUGAUCGUUUAAAGACACACAUGAGGGUCCACACAGGAGAGAAACCAUUCAGCUGCUCAGUCUGUAAGAAAUAUUUUGCAAUGAAAAGAGAUGUAAAACGACACAUGAGCGUCCACACAGUAGAGAAACCACACAGCUGCUCAGUCUGUAAAAAAACAUUUUCACGGAGUGAUAAUUUAAAGACACACAUGAGAGUCCACACAGGAGAGGAAAAAUAGAGCUUCAAUGUUUGUGACAAAAGAUUUGAAUGGCAUAAUCGUUUCAAAAGACACAAGUGUGUUGGUCGUCAGCUGCUAUAACUGUAAGGGAAUACAUUUGUCUAUUUUGUAUCCUGAUGACCUAAUGCCGUUACAUGUAAUACGGUACUCUCUAAGCCUGAUUUAACCCACCUGCAAGUAGCGUCUUAAUGCAAGCGUUUUGUAAAGUGAUGCUAGACCAAAAACGUGCUGUUGGGUUGUGUGCUCUUUCCAGGACGGUGUAUGUAGCCUACUCAAAGAUUGUUUAUGAAAUCAGAGCUUCACUCUGUUUUUGUUGUCUAAACGCCAACAGAGCGAUAUGUCUCCUUUCCCAGUGAUGCAAAUUAGUCGCUUUUCGGCGCCUCCCGCUUUUUUAACGCUGAUUUGGGUGACUUGUGUAAUUCGUGGAGAACCGAAGAGUUUUCAUUUUGAGGGGGGGGGGGGAUCCGUCAGUCAGUCCGUCCGUCCUUCCGACUGACGGACAACUUCUCACUUCGAAAAAGAAGAAAUCUAGAUUGCAAAAUAAUUAAACAAGCGAGUGCCUGUUUUUCCUGGCCAAGGACAGGUUCCUUGAACACAACACGAGCGUAACGUGUCUUCACGCGGUUAUGUCUCGUCUGAAAGGAGUGUAGACUACUAGAGUUCUGACAGAGAGCACUGGAACGCCGCUCCAGCUCUUCAAAUAUUGCAGUACCCAUAAGGAGCCGUACACAUGCCGCAGCGUUUGCGUGGCUGUGUCUUUAGAUGCAGUG